UCAUGUUUAUUUGGAGAGCAACUUAAAGAUGGUCGGCUGGCAUCUCAUCUACGUUUUUAUGUUCUCUCUUUGUCUGUCUGCAGACCUUGGUAAUACCAAGGUUGUGAUGAAGAUGGACACCUUUCUUGCCCUUGUCCAGGACAUAGAAUUAAGCUUAACAGAAUCUUCAGCUCUGGCCGUGGCUAAGCUUCUGCUCCACGUUGUCACCCCUCCAUUCCGCUCAGAGGUUCUAUCGGACAGACAAGCCGCUCUCGCCCAUGUCCUGCUAGCUCACAAGAUUGUGGAGUCAAAUGAAACGGGCUGGCAUGAGCUAGGAGUAGUAUUGGCCCCUGAUGGUAGCACCGUGGCACUGAGGCCUUUUCUUGGGGCAGUGGUUAGCGGUUGGAGUGAUGACUUCCUAUGUGAGAAAGUGGAAUCUGCAAUCAAGAAUGAGGAAUCUGGGCACACAGUUACUGAAACACGGGCAAAUAAUGUUUGUGCCCAGUGGUCAAGUUCUCGCUAUCAGCAAGGAAUAAGCUCAGUGUCAGACCACAAGGACCACCCUGCCACAUUAGCCACUUCAUUAGGAGUGGCCUUCCUUGCUUCUGGAGUUGCCCUUGAACAACCGCUAGAACUGAUUGAUGGUUGCUGGGACUCCUUGUCUUCUCCCUGUUCUUUCCAGCUUCAAGCCGUUGCCGAAAGAGGUCUGACACUUGCCUAUCUCAACGGUGCCGUGGACGGUACCUAACUUGGGAAAAGUUUAAGAAAUGAAUCAAAGGGCCUGCAUUUGAGUGCCCUCAUUCAGCAAUUUUACUGGGGGAAGCCUGCCAAAAGUGCUUUUAGAAGGCAAGAAUUUCAAAGCCUGAUCCAAGAAGACAAUAUGGAAGCGGCAAUACGUAGAGCGGUUUAUUGCUUCGGGAAGUCCAGGGCAGGCUGCAGCCUACACAGUAUAACAGAUGAUCAGCUUGACAAAGUUGCUGCUACAGCAGCGAGGGAAUUUGAGCAACAUUAUCUAGAAUGUCCUGCAAUAAUACCUCGUUGUAUGUGGGAGGCCAAGCCAUAUAAAGGGACCCCCACGUUCCUGAAACUCCCUCUUGCUCAAAUCUACAUCCAUCAUACCUACACACCCUCACAGCCAUGUACCUCCUUCGAGGACUGUUGUGCUGAUAUGCGAAGCAUGCAGGACUUUCAUCAGCAGGACAGAGGCUGGGAUGACAUUGGGUACAGCUUUGUGGUUGGAUCAGAUGGGUACCUAUAUGAGGGAAGAGGCUGGCUCUGGGUUGGAGCCCACACUAAGGGCCAUAAUUCCGUUGGUUAUGGGGUGAGCUUCAUUGGAAACUUUACCAGUUUACUGCCUGAGGAAAGAAUACUGAGUUUGGUGAGGGAUCGCUUCCUACAGUGCGCAGUCAGUUCUGGAUACGUCUCCUCCAACUACACAGUGUGGGGUCACCGGCAACUGGUGGACACCUCUUGUCCAGGAGAUUUCUUGUACAACGAGAUCAAGAGCUGGAAGAACUUUAAGGUAACUUAA